CACUACUUUGGUUAAUCAGGCAGAAAUAUACAUAUAUGCCAUAUCCUACAUGUACUUGAAAAGGGUUCAGUUUAAACCAUUUAAUAAAAUAGCCUGUUUGGACAAAAAAUAAUUGUUCUCUGAGAAUACGUGAAUUCAACACUGCUAGAAAAUCCCUGCCAUCUGACGUAGAAGGAUUUAUAGGUUUAGUGGAAAUUGCUUUCCCCACUGUCCAGAUUAAAUACUGCAGGAUGAUUUUUUGUAUGAGUAAACAUCCUUCCAAUAACGAUCAGACCGAUAAUGUCUUAAAAAGAGGAACAGGAUCUACAUUCUGGUUUUCUUCUUCUUGUAUGGACUAUUUCUGGAUACAGAACCUUCAGGUAACAUGUUGACUGUCCAUAAAAUGCGUUUUAGCAUCUUCCUCCUGUUGUGGGGAUGGGUUUUAUCAACUGAAUGCAGAGCCCACCGACAAGGAAAAGAAAUACAUGAGGUAUACAAAAAAGGCAGCCGGCCACAGCGGCAGAGACGGGAAGCCCACGGCGAGGUGCACAAGCAAGGCAGCCCAAUUCUAAAACGAAGCCCUGACAUCACCAAAUCUCCCCUGAUGAAGUCAGAGCAGCUGCUGCGAAUAGAUGACCAUGACUUCAGCAUGAGACCAGGUUUUGGAGGCCCUGCAAUUCCUGUUGGGGUGGAUGUCCAAGUUGAAAGUCUGGACAGCAUUUCCGAGGUGGACAUGGACUUCACCAUGACACUUUAUCUGAGGCACUACUGGAAAGAUGAGAGGCUGUCCUUCCCCAGCACCAACAACCAAAGCAUGACCUUUGACGGCAGGCUGGUGAAGAAGAUCUGGGUCCCCGACAUGUUCUUCGUCCACUCCAAGCGUUCCUUCAUCCAUGACACCACCACAGACAACGUCAUGCUGCGGGUCCAGCCAGAUGGGAAGGUACUUUAUAGCCUCAGAGUUACAGUAACAGCAAUGUGCAACAUGGAUUUUAGUCGCUUUCCCCUGGACACACAGACAUGUUCCCUGGAGAUUGAAAGCUAUGCCUACACUGAAGAUGACCUCAUGCUCUACUGGAAAAAUGGGAAUGAUUCCCUAAAAACAGAUGAGAGGAUAUCGCUGUCCCAGUUCCUGAUCCAGGAGUUUCACACCACCACAAAGCUCGCCUUUUACAGCAGCACAGGGUGGUACAAUCGCCUCUAUAUAAACUUCACUUUACGCCGACACAUCUUCUUCUUCUUGCUCCAAACCUACUUCCCCGCCACCCUCAUGGUCAUGUUGUCCUGGGUGUCUUUCUGGAUCGAUCGCCGAGCAGUUCCUGCCAGAGUCCCAUUAGGGAUAACCACCGUGCUGACCAUGUCCACGAUCAUCACUGGGGUGAACGCCUCUAUGCCUCGUGUUUCCUACAUCAAAGCUGUGGACAUUUACCUGUGGGUCAGUUUUGUGUUUGUCUUCCUCUCGGUGCUGGAAUAUGCGGCAGUGAAUUACCUGACUACGGUGCAAGAGCGGAAGGAGAGAAAACUGCGGGACAAGCUUCCCUGUGCGUGCAGCCUACCUCAGCCUCGGCCCAUGAUGAUGGACGGCAGUUACAACGACGGGGAUGUGAAUGAACUGGGGCACUACGUGUCGGAGAACGGAGAUAAACAAGACCGAAUGAUGGUGCAGCUGGCGCUGGGGUCUGAGAGAGGCUCGGGCAGGAGGAAAAACCAGAGAUACGUCAGCAUGCGGAUCGACACUCACGCCAUCGACAAGUACUCCAGGAUAAUAUUCCCUGGUGCAUACAUUCUAUUUAAUUUGAUAUACUGGUCCAUUUUUUCAUAAAUAUACGUAACUUCUGUAGUCACAGAGCACUGUGACGUUAAAUGAAAGUACAGUCUCAUAGGCUAACAGACAGAAAAUGGGGAAUUGUUUUAACUGGAAGGAAGAUUGAUUUUUUUUCAGGAUUUAAUUUUUUUUUAUUAGAUGCAACUCAUCUGUGGCAUAAAUAAUUGUGCAAGUUUCACAUUUCAGCAAAAUAUAGGAUAUACAAUCUAAAAUUUUAUACUUAUUUAAAGCUGUGCUAUGUUCCUUCUUGUGCCUCACAGGCCACUGUAAACUAUUUUAACAAGUGACUACAAUUGCCAGUUGCUUGUAUAUGGUGCAUCCUCCAUUUUGUGCCCCUGAAAUCCUAAUUCAUUCUCUAAGUACCUGAGUGCAUGCAUACAUCUCUCAACUCAAAAGACUUCUCACGUUCAAUACGAAUAAAUACAAGAAUAUGCAAAUACUUGCAUGUUUACAGGAUGAGGUCAGAAAUGGUCAUUACGAAUACAAAAUACCCAGUACCAGGAAACACUCUGACAAGGUUAUUGAUGGCUACAGCUUGCUUUCACUGCUUAAUGCAUGCUGCCCUAGCAGUACUGCACUGACAGGUCCACAUAGGAAUACUUUCAGACUUUGCUUUGUCUUGAUCAUGUUUAAAACAAAGAAAUCUUUUCAAGCUGUUCUGACUAUCUUUUUAAAAUACAACUUGCAAUGUACAUUUACUAAAGAAUGAACAAAAGCUGGACUUCCUGCAAUGCUAACUAAAUGCUCUGGGAAACACAGGAGCUCUCCUUGGGUCUGCUUCUUUGGGUCAGUGGGAGUUUUGCUCUUGAGUUUCAUGGGAGAGGAAACAUGUUUCUCUACAAAAUGAUCCAGUGAAGACAAUCAGGUGUCUACGAAAAGAAUAAAACUACUCCAGGAGGAGCCUCUUUUCUCUGAGGUAGUCUGGGCAUUACUGGUCUGCACAGCCUGAGAACCUGUUGCAGCCUGUAAAGCCAGCAGUAAUUGUACUCGCUUCCAGGAAAAGCCUAGUUAAUCUGUUUUUAGUAAAAGCAUAACAGCAAGGUGCUCAACAGCUGACAAAGCAGCAGUAAGGACUUUAUAUUUGAGUUACUAAAGAUACCAUACCAAAAACUUUCGAAUGAAGUAA